AUGGAGAAGACUAACGAACUGGCCAAAGGUGCCUAUGUCGUCAUUGGUUGUCUCCAGAGCGAUGCAGGGAAAAAGCUGAAUGGAGGAAAGGGGAUCAUUCUGAACAACCCAACUGUUGCUGAUGGAGUUGCGCGUUAUCCUGUACUUUUUUACGCCACCAAGAAUGCCAGUGGCGCCCUUGCAGCAUUGAAUCCUACUGCCAACAAAAAGAUCAAGGCAGAAAAUAUCAGUCCGGACCCACAACCUCCUGCGGAAAACUCCUUGUUGUCAGAAGUGGUCCAACGUGAAUGCGUCAAGGCACAAAGUGGUCAAGCUGCCGCUGUGCAGAAUGCUGUCUUUUGGCUGGAGCUCUAUCACAAGGCUUGUCCAGAUAAUUUUGGAGUGGCUACUACCUAUGCCAAUUUCUUGAGAAAUGCGGGCAGACCAUUGGAAGCAUUCGAUGUUAUCAAGGUGAGGCAGACCAGAUGA